GUUGCAUAUGAGCACCUGUCAUUGACUCUAGCAAGAGCACUAAGAGCUCAACACACAGUGAACCUGUGCACGUUGCUUUUGGUGGAUUUAAAAAAGCCCGGUUUAGCAUUUGCAAUGGAUCUCUCUCUGCACACCAUUCUGCUGAUCUCUGCCACAUUCUGUGUGUUUGUGGAAGAAGGAUUUGGAGUACCCCUCUUCCAAGCAUCAGAAAGCCAGAGCUCUCCUUUACCAGCAAGGAGAGUUCGCACAAAGCGCUGCUCCUGCAGUAACUGGAUGGAUAAGGAAUGCAUCUACUUUUGCCACUUGGACAUCAUCUGGGUCAACACACCAAGUAAGAUCGCCCCGUAUGGCCUGGGAAGUCCUCUGUCUCGGCGGAGACGCUCCACCGGCCGGUGUGAAUGCGCCAACCCCAAUGACCCGACCUGCUCCACUUUCUGCCACACCAGCUCCAUGGACUCAAGCCUAGUGGUUGUGAAUCCGUAUGAUCCUGAAGAGGGCAAUGUGGAUAAAGCUAACAAAGAUCUCCUUUUAUAUCUCAGGCAAGUUGCCAAAGCUAAUCUCAUUGCAGCCAAGCGUUCUGCGGUUUCGAGAAAAACGCUGAUCAAGACCAACAAAUCUUGAUCUCAUCACAGAGAGAUGCAGAGCGAUAAGCAACAAAGGAUCAAAAUCUUCCCAGGAGGAAAUGUCAUUCCUGGGUAAGAAGGUGAUGCCCUUGAGAGGAUCUCUUCUGCUCAAAACUCGGGGGUAUAACAGGAAGGACAGUCGAGAGAACAUUCUCUCAGAAGACACUGACAGACCUAAGAAUGCUCAUGGGAAAAAGAAAAAAAAAAAAAACAUCUAUGAAAGACAUUGACAGUGUUAAGGGAAAAGAACGCUUUAAAGCAUUCAGGGUCACAGAAACGUCCUGGAUCAGAGAAGCAGUGGCAUCUUGGAAAAUGCCAUUUUGAAUAGAAGUGUGCCUUGUGCUGUUUCAGGAAAGGAGGAGAGGAGGAGCACCUUGAACACCUGGGAAACACUGGCCUUUACAAAGGAAGGAAUGCCAAAACAUGUGGGAGUCACAUUUAAUAGUUUAGCACUAUCCAAUGCAAACUGUAAAUCCUAGCUUCAAGAAUGAGACACUGAUGCUUGCAAAGAAAGAAAGAAAGACUCUGUGCAAUACUGCUAUGUUAUGAAAGGUUAAAUAUUACAGUGAUGUCUCUGUAUACUAAGGUCUUUUUUUUUAUAUCCUCUCCUUUUAGUACAUCCUGUUCUCUUAUUUCAGUUGUACUUCUCUGUAUCAGAGUUUCGUAUCAUUUCAUUUCUCUUGAAAAUGUUAAAUACCUCUAUGCAGGCUCUUGCUGCAGUUAUGUAGGAAGCAGUCAUAAACACUGAGUUUAUGCUUUUGUUUCUAAUCUAUGAUAACAAUGACCAAAGGUUGCUAUGCUGUCUUAUCUAAGUUUGCCAGUGGAUUCUUUGGGCCAUAUAUUAACUGUUUUAUGAAAUAGAUCAAUCACCCAGGGCUUGUUGGGGAGCUUUUUUUUUUUCUUUCUUUCUUUUCUUGGCCUCAUUGUGAACGCGGAAAUAUUAUUAACAUAGUUACUGUUGCGUGUUUUCAGUUACAUGUGCAAACGAGUUUCAAUGGCUCAGAGCUUGCCAACAGACUGCAGUAAUUGUUUUUUCCUGCAAUAGAACAGGCCAACUAAUGUCCUUGUAUUUUCCCAUUAUAAAAAACAAGCACUGUGUUUCAGUGGAAUGUGUUUAAUGAGAGGCCUUUUAACUCCUCAUAGCUUGAUGUUUGUCUUCUGCGUGUGGACGGCAUGCAGAACAACUCAGCACCAUGUCAACAACUACUGUUUCUUCUCCCACAUCAAGGGAAAGGCCUUUUUCAGCUUGACCACGGAUACUUGAAUGUUUAGUUUCACAGCCUGCGGGGCCUAUAUCAUGUUGUAUAGUAACAUGCUUAGAAAAGAUUAUUUAUUUAAUUUAUUGAGAUCACUUAUUUAUAUUUUGUACCUCAUUUAUAGGAUUUUAUCUCAAAUAA